AUGUCGGAAAAACAAAAUCCAAAAGAUGAAAAACCAAAAAAUUCUUCUGAGGAAGAAGAUAAUAAAGGUGACAACAAGGGAGAAAGUAAUCGCGGUGUUUCCAUUGUGGAAAACGAUGAUCCCGAUUUAAAGCCCAAGGAGGUACCCGAGGGCAGCACAAAAAAACAAUUUAAAAUCGAAGAUACAGAAAGAAAGUCGGAGACUCAAACUAGACCUUCCCCGGUACCCAAAAAAAAGGACUCUGUUUCGAAGCAGCAGUUUAAAAUCGAAGAUACAGAAAGAAAGUCAGACACUCAAACUAGACCUUCCCCGGUACCCAAAAAAAAGGACUCGGUUUCGAAGCAACAGUUUAAAAACGAAGAUACAGAAAGAAAAUCGGAGAUACAAAGACCUUCUAGACCUUCUGCAGUAUCCAAAAAAAAGGACUCUGAUUCGAAGGCGAGUGGUUCGUUUGUAUUUACCAAGAAGCCACUACCAUCAGCCCUUAGCGAUGAUCUCCUGCAAGGCGAAAGAGUCUCCGAUAGAAGAUCCGAAAGAAGAUCCGAAAGAACAUCCGAUAGAAAAUCAAUUUCAAUCAAAAAGAAAUCCCUAGAAGAUCGUAAAGAACCAAAAGAUGAUAAAGAUACAAAAGUUCAAAGAUAUAGUGAGGAAACCACCAGCAUUUUAAAAGAACAAAAGUCGUCAAAGUCAGGAUUAGAUGAUGAAAGACCUAGUACCAAUAGAAAGCAGACAUUCGAAGGUGUAGAAUCCGGUGAUAGCGAUGAUGACGAAGAAAGCCGAAAAAGAAGCGAUUUUGGAAAAUCAGUUACCAUUUCAACUAUAAUCUCAAAAAAGACAAUUGACCAAGACCAAGAAGUUGGUAGAAGAAGGGGAACCGUGGACACUUUUGGUUCCGAUGAUGAUGACGAUGUCGAGGGUAACGAGUACCUUGAAUCGAUGUUGGACUAUCAAAGCUUAACCGAUACCCAGGAGGACGAGACCGAAUCCCAUGUGCGAGACGGUUCCAGAUAUACAAGCCGGGGUACCCAAAGUGGCAUUUACCCAAUCGAAAAGACAACAACAAGCGGUCCUGACGAUGAAUGGUCUAUCUCCACAGCUGCCACCGCGUCGGGCUAUCACGUUGACGAUGAGGGAAUGGGGGAGGACGAUAGCUUGUAUGGGUCAUCAACCACGAACAGCACCUGGGGGACAAACCAAAGUGGGGACGAGCGAUCCGUGAUUCUGGCCGAAAUAAUCGACAUCGGGAAACUAAAGGAACUCAAGCAGGAUGAACAGUCAACCCAUGACUUUAUGAGAAAUCGCAGAUCGGAUAAGCCCAUCGACGAGAUCAGAGGUGCCAAAAUCACUGGCACAGCCACGAGUCAUAUCGAGGAAGUGGGAUAUCCUUCCUCAUUUGAUGAGGAUGAAGACGUUAAGAAAGAGAAGAAAAAGUGUUAUAUCCUUGGGAAACGGAAAUCCCAAACUGAAAUCUCCGAGGCAUCUCGAAAUUAUUAUAAGAAAGCCAAAAUGGAUUCAAAGCCAACGGGCCUGAAUAGGUGGAGAUUCCCCAUCGAGGACAACUUGUACGAUAUCUCCGGGGAACCACAAGAACUGAGGCGCAAAGAUAAGGUUCGCAUUGGAAAAGUCACUAAGAGAUAUAGAUAUAUGGGUGUGAAUACGGACGUAAGCCGAAAGCCUCGUCCAAAGGUUGAGGUUCACGCCGAGAACGCCGAACCAGUCUCUGAACCAGAACCCGUCACCUUUACGGUAGGACGCUCAAAUGCCAAACCCCGAGAUGUGGGUGUCAACACCACUAUUCCGGCACAAGUUUUACAGUCAAACAUAUCCCAUCCCCGGCUCCACGUUCACGCCAAAAUGAGGGAUAUAGGAACCAAUACCCCAAAGUACUACGAGGCAAUUGACGAUGGGACACCUGUGAAGUUUUCAGAUCCGAUCCACCCGGAUUUGGGACACCUUAAUGAAUUGAUUGUAAAAAAAAUGAAGCCGCCGAAGAAUCCUAUAGACUUGGACAUUAAAUCACGCAGUCGGCUGUAUUACGAGGACUGUGAGCACCAUUUCCCGCAGCGGAACUGGCGACGAUACUACUACAAAAAGGACGAACAGGGCAGGCACAUAUUUCGACGACCCAGCCGCUGGCUAUACACUAUACUGUUUACAAUAGGCUAUCUACUAUUUGUACUGCUCUUCGCCAUGGCCUGGUUCGAUCACAUCACAACCAACACUAGCCUUUUGCAGCCCAUGCUGAGAAUGUCCCAGCCAUCCUUGAGCCUUGCACCAAGUGGACCCAAGUCCAGCCCGUAUUCCAUAGCCUUUGAUCCGCGGAAUAACACGGAGGUCAUGGAGAAGUGUAGCAAAGUACUCACAAUGAUGGAGAGGUAUGGCGAUUCUGGGCAUAACCCACGUUUCGGGCCCUGUGUUGCCAGCGAGAAGUUUGGCUACGAGAGUGGCGAACCAUGUGUUUUCAUCAAAAUAAACCGCAUAAUCGGCUUCAAGACCGAUCCAUUCACCCACGCCGAUAAUGUGGUUAGAGGCAAGAUGGACAUGAAGGACUACAUGGCUCUGAGGCGCCUCUUGAACAGCAUACCGUCCGAUGCAGAUCGCGAAAAUCGGACAUGGAUCAAUUGCCGUACCAAUCCCCAGAAGAUCGUCAAGGUUGAAUACUAUCCAGAGCCGGCCUUUCAAAUGAAAUACACCGAUAUCGAGUCGAAAGUUGAGCACAUGAUAGACAACAGAACCUCAUUCUUUAGCCCCGCGGAUGUGAACCGAAUAGUGGCUGUAAGGAUUAAAAAUCUGAAACCCAAUGAACGUGUCCACCUUAAGUGCCAAAUAUAUGCCCGUAAUAUCAAUCAAGAUGGCCAGGGCCUGGGGCAUGUUUCCUUUUAUGUAGUUCUUGCCACCAAGAAGAGUCGCGAAAAGAUGCAGAAAGUUCUUAAAACUCAUGAUUCAUUAUAA